CCCACCCGCUAGUGGCUGUUUGGCGUGAGCGCCGCCGGCCCCUUCGCUCCCUCCGCGCGGGACCCGGGGGAUUCUCCCACUCUUCUCCGUGUUCCCAUCGGACACUUAAACCCCGACGAACCUCGCUCACAGACACCGCCGCACACACGAGGGAUGGGCUGGAGACGCGGGCUCCUCACGCCUUUGUGCCCAAAGCUGGUUCCCUUGCAAACACGUACCUGUCCAGGUGCACACCUGGCCCGACCUGGGCACACACGGGCACUGCCACGCCCUAUAUUUCUCCCACAUGAACAGACACACUGAACGCCCAACGAACACCCCUGAGGCCCCGGGGCCGCCGAGUCCUCCGCUCGCGCUCUCGCAAGGCACACGUUCAGUCCUACCAACAGACCAUGCGAAUCAGGACGACCGGGUCUUUGCAUUCGGGACCUCGCAUCCGAAGAGGCAGAUAAUAAGCAAUAAACGGUGACUUAACACACUAAGUGUUGUGGAGGAGCGCCACCGGGCCGAGAGGAAGACGCGGGGAGAGGCACCUGCCUUAUGGGCGGACUGCGAGGCUGAAAGCGCCUGGACUUGUUUACGGAAAUAAAGGAGUUGGUGUCGCUCCCGAAGCUCAGGACCUGAAAAAAGUGAUUUGAGAAAGUAGUAGUCAACCGCGGUCCGCCGCCGGGUCUCGCUGCGGGUUGGGUCUGCAGAGAACUGCCAGCGAGAGCACCAGGGUGUGAGGAGGCAAGGGGGGGUGAUCCACGGGGGGCACUGGGGCAGGGUAGCGGCUGAACGGGGCAGGGAGGACUUGCUUUUCCACAGAGAGGUGGGCUUCAGCCUGUUCCGUUGCAGGGCUGGAGCGGGAAGGACAGGGCCUCUCACCCACCCUGCCGGGCAGGAGUGGGGAGGAGCUAACCUGGGCACAUGGAAGUUGCCAGGGAGGGAGACGGGAGGCCUCUCCCAAGCUCACACCUGGGCUUCUCACCCUCCUGCCUAAGCUCCUCACGGCCAGUGCCCAGCACGCUCUGCUGGCCCUGCCCCUUCCCCAGCCUCAGCCGGACCUCUUCACUCCCUGUGCACACAAAGCUACCCCGCACCCGAGGCUUCCUUCUGCAGCAGAAAGCCCUACGGGAGACAGGCCAGUUACGGGACUGACUCCCAAGUGCUCAGCACCAGCCAGCAUGCGAUGGGUGUCCAGUGAGCCUCGUGGAACAGGCGGAUGGUCUAGGGUACAUAGAAAGGGACAUAAGACCACAAGAGCAGGGGGAACAGAGCUGGCGGCCCUCCUGGAUCCCGCCUGCCAUCUCAGUGCAGCACUGCUGCCCUCCAGCUGCGUUGUGGUGGGAGCCAGGCAGGCAGGAGGGGCACGGUUCCCCCAGGCCCCAGCAGCAGCUGAAUGGCACAGCCACCCUCGACGGGAGGGGGUUUUUCUGUGUGCUGCUCCAGCUCUUCUAAUACCUGAGUAACAACUCUUCUGCUUGAAAUACCAGAGACCAGAGUAGUUUCUCUUUUCCUAACUCCCAGGCCAGCAAUAAACCAGUUAAUGUGUCCACAUUUUCCAUAUUAAGGCAGUAUGUCAGAAAGGGGCUACGGGUGAGCGAGGGAGUACCAAACACAAGCCCUGCUCUCAAGAAGCUCAUGGCCCAACGAGGAUAUUUCAUCAGUUCAAGCUCAGGCAUCCAAGGUCUACACCCAUCGUCAAUCCCAGUGCAGGACAAAUCCGGACACCCAUCUGGCCUCCAUCAAGAAAUAGCCCUCCUGGGACACGCCCAGGAUGGCAGCCCACAGCCGCUUUGCCAUCCCGCUGAUAGACCGAGUAUUUGGGCCUCUGCAUUAUCUGCAAAAUGCGCAUAUUUUGUUUUGCUCCAACUUGAGACCCUGACGGUAGGACAGGCACACGGGCGUGGGCUGAGUGGGAGGCGGGGCUGCACGAGGUGUUAAUUGCAGCUGCUGACUGCUCGGAACAGCACCUAGCUCCCAGCACGCAGUCGGAGUUAACAGCUGCUCCCUGGGGAAACCGUUCCCAAGACACCCCUAGGGCAGGAGAAGGGAGGGGCCACAUCGGCUCCUCUCUCCUGAAGCUGGAGGGUGCGAGAGCUCAGGCCAGGGGCCCUCACUUGCCCUGGGGAUGUGUCAUUAAGUCUGCAGACUCAGUGAAAGACCUCCUGCAGCGGUGGGAGAGGCUUUGAGGGCUCAGCAGGGGUAGAUUGGGUGGCUCCCCCUUUCCCUGCUGUAAUUCUGGCUCAGCUUCUAUUGUGGCCCAUCCACCUACCACCUUGGUAUCCUCUCAGAUGACCAGGGGUGCACUUGAAUUGGUUGCUGGCACAAUGUACCCUCUUUUCCCUUCCCUGUGUCCUUAGAAACCCCACUCACCUUCCUGUGUUCACCCCUCCCCACCUGCUUCUCUAAAGGCCUUUUGUAGCCAGACACAUCCAAAGUGACGCACACAGGCCUCACCCUGGCGCUAGCCCUUGGGGGCUCUCACCCCACAGAGAAUGAGCCCUACACAGGGCAGGCACAUCCUGAGGGACAGGACACCCCCUUUGAAGGCACAGUACAGGUACAGCUCCAGAACCCUCCACUCUAGAAUCUAUCCCUGCUUACCCAGAGCCUGCCCCCCCGUUGCCAGUCCUCAGCUGGUCAGCCUCCCACUCUGACUUUUCAGCCCUGGUCAUUCCUCUGCGUUUGCCCCAGUCCCAGCAAGACUUCAGAAAUUUGGCUGUGCCCACAGGGGACAGAGUUCCCACCUGGCAUCCUGAGGCCCUAGCAAGGUGGAUGGGGGUCUGGCAGGUGCAGCUGUAUGAGACCUACCAGAACAGCCAGCGUGCCUACUUGAUACUGGAGCUGGCAGCUCAUGGCAACCUGCUGGAGCAUAUCAAAGUGCCUGACCACCACUGCCUCCAGGCCUGAUGGCUGUUAUGGCAGCUGGUCAGGGCUGUGGCCCACUGCCACAACCUGGGCAUUGUACACUGGGACCUAUAGUGUGAGCCCACCCUGCUGGAUGACCAGGGCUUUCUAAAGCUGACAGACUUCAGCUUCGCCAACCAGUCAGGGCUCAAGAACUCACUGCUGGGCACCUUCUGUUGUUCCGUGGUCUACACAACCCUCAAAAUCCUCAUGAGCAAGAAGUGUAGUGGGGCUCAGGCAGACCUGUGCAGCCUGAGUGCCACCCCAGGCCCACGGCCAGGACCCAUGGGAGGGCAGGAGAGGGGGCAUGCCCUGAGGAGUCCCUGCCCUCAGAGGUAUUGUCCUCCAUGCCACAGUGACUGGAAAGCUGCCUGUCAAGGAACACCAGCACCACCAUUCUGCCCCUGAGGCACCAGGGCUCCACCUGCUGGCCAGGCCGACCCUCAGGUGCUGCCAUCCUGUGUCCUUCCCAAGCCCCAUCUGCAGUCUGGAGCGGGCAGUGAGACUUGAGUACAGGAGCAGGGUCAUGCUGCGUGGCAGAGGGGCAGCAGGGGGAGACCGCCCUGGCAUCCACCCCCACCCAGACUGGGGACCAGCCUGAGCACUGCAUUGAGCUGGGAUGGGGGGGCCUGACUCAGACCCAUGGCCCAUGCCCAGGACAAGCUGGGGACACACUCGGGCCCUUCUCCAGGCUGAAUGAGAUGGCUCCUCUGAGCCAACAGCAUUGAGGGCAGUGGCAGGCGCAGGCUGGGGGCACAAGAGGGCAGAUGACCGGAGGCCAAAGCCACGAGCCCUUGCCCAGUGUCAGGACCUGAUCCAGGGCUGGCUGCAGUUGCGCCCCCACACUGCUGCAUGCUACGCAUGCACACACAUGCACCUAGUUAGGUGGGGCGGGGCCCCACAGUCGGCAGGUGGGCUCCUGACACCCAACUGCAUUUGGUUGCAGGGAAGACCAAGAAGUCCCAGCUCCCAGUGCCCUCAGAUGACGUGGAGCUGGGCACAGACUCAGAGCCCCCAAGGCCGCUUCUGCAGCUGUGGCUGUGGCACCCCAGAAGCAGGGCGCCCUGCCAAGUGACUCUGCUGCAGCACCUGAGCCCCCAGAGGCCUGCUCAAGAGGAGGUGCAGGCUCUGCCAGGCAGCGGGUCCCGAGCACAAGAGCGGCCCGUCCAGAGACCAAUGCCUCCAGGGAGCCACUGUGGCUGCACUGUGGCUGCUGUCAGGAGUGUGCGCAAGCACUACCUGGUCAAC